GCCGCGGGGCGGGGCUGGGAGGGGAGGGGACACUACCCAGCCAUCCGAGAAGACUGUGGGGCUAGGAAAACCUCCGCGGGGAGCCUGCGGCGCGGACCUUUCCUGUGUCCCCUUCGCUGCGGGUCCUGCCCGGGGCUGCGCCAGGGGGAGGCCCCGAGAGGCGGCGCGUUUCCUGCGCUCCGGGACUGCGGGAGAAUCGCGAGUCCCUGUCUCCGAGACUAGAGGCCACGGACACCCGCGCAGGAGCAUCCCCUGGCACCCCACCCACGCUGGUACCCCCGGAGUCUACACAUCCGCGACCUCCCGUGUCUAGGCGCACACAUUUCCCGCCCCGCGGAGACUCCCACGCCCCGGGCCCUCUCCGCCGCAGGCGCCAGAUCCCGCCUCCGGGGGCUGGACCGAGAGGGUCCUCGGCGGCGUCUUUAAGGCUGCGGUCCCCGCCCCGCCGUCCUCCCCGCCCUCCUCCCUCCCGCCGCGGCUCCUCCCGCCCUCCCAGAGCAGCAGGGCGGCUGGGCGCGCGCGGCGCAGAGCAGGUGCCGGGGAGCCCUUCGCAUGCGGCUGCCGGGCCGGAGGUGGUAGCGGCGCCGGGCGCGCUCCGCCCGCCCCUCCUCCGGGCCGCACUGAGGCUCGGGAGCGCGGGGACAUGUCGGUGGCGGCGGGCAGCAGCGAGGCGGCCGGCGGGGCCAGCGGCGGCGGCGCGCGGGUUUUCUUCCAAAGCCCCCGGGGUGGCGCCGGUGGCAGCCCGGGCUCCAGCAGCGGCUCAGGCUCCUCCCGGGAGGACUCCGCGCCCGUGGCCACGGCGGCCGCUGCAGGGCAGGUUCAGCAGCAACAGCAGCGGCGACACCAGCAGGGAAAAGUGACAGUGAAAUACGAUCGUAAGGAGCUUCGGAAGCGGCUGGUGCUGGAAGAGUGGAUCGUGGAGCAGCUGGGUCAGCUCUACGGCUGCGAGGAAGAAGAAAUGCCAGAGGUAGAAAUUGACAUUGAUGAUCUUCUUGAUGCAGACAGUGAUGAAGAGAGAGCUUCAAAAUUACAGGAAGCUCUUGUAGACUGCUACAAACCAACAGAGGAAUUUAUCAAAGAGCUGCUUUCUCGGAUAAGAGGCAUGAGGAAACUGAGCCCUCCGCAGAAGAAGAGUGUAUGAUUCUGGCACAGGGUGAAACUCUCCCAGAGACGAAGAAAGGUCCUGGGAUUUGUACUUCAUGAAGACUUUUGUGAAAGAAUAGGUGUCCUUAUGAGCAACGUUUUUUUUUUUUUUUUUCUUUUUUUGGUGUGAAGGUGGGGGGCUCUAUUAGACAUUUAUUCAAGAGUGUUCCUUUUUUGGUUUUAAAGGUUUUGUUAAUGUAAUAUUUUAAUAGCAAAGAUAUCAUGACUCUAGCCACAGCCUAACCAAGGAUUAUCAAAAGAGGUGGACACUCAAGGAAGGGCCGCGCCAGGCUGCGUUUUCUGCAAGGACUCAGAUGUUCAGUACCUUAUGAUACAGGGAAGAUAGUUUUCUUACAAGUAGUUUGGUAAUAUUUUUUUCUUAAGUUGUAUAUUUGACUCAGCUGUCAAAUUUCUCAUACUUGUAUAUAUCUACACACAACUAAGUUAAAAUGUUGAUGUGAGUUUUAUUUCACAUGGAUGGAAUAAACUUGUGGUCGUCCUUUAACUGGAGGUCCCAGCACAUGUGUUUUCAAGAGGCCACUAGGCAUUCUUCAUUGAGUGCUGCUGACUUCAACACUCACUUUACGCACCAAAGUGAAAGAAUUCAGUGUAUCCGUUAUUUUAAUGCGCUACACUACAGAAAUGUUAAGUUGGUCAAGGGCUUAAUUUAUGGAAUUUCUAUUAUUUCAUUGGUUGGGAUGCUUUGCCAGGUCAUGUGCUUAUUGUCUCAUUUGUAGUCUUUUAAAGUUGUAUGAACCCUUACUUUGAAGAACUAACUUGAUUUCUAGAGAAAUAUCCACACUAUCUGAGUGGCAUUUUGCAUUGGAAAAAGGAAGCACUGUGUAGCAAUGAAUUGUCUGCAUUCCACCGAGUACUGUGUAUUAUUCUCUCUCCAGGAAAGCAGAUCAAAAGAAAGUUAGCAGAUUGGGUGUCUUCUUCCUUAGAAAUAGGUUCUGGUAGCUUCUGUGCCUGGGUAGCAUCAGACUAGUGGGAGUAAACCGUGUGUUAAGUGUCAGGGUGAGAAAGCCUCACAUUCUCUCUAGACAGUCGCUCUAGGAGCUGAUGUUGCUGGUUUGGAAGUGUGGAGAUUGCAUUUCUGGCUUCUCUCAAUGGCUUGUGUUGAGGACUCUGGGUGCUCCUGGCCCUAAUUGUGCACCCUGAUCCCCGUGCUUGGAGCUAGGCCUGGUGGCGUGCUCUAGCCCUCUCAGUUACCAGCUCUUUGGAGAAGGAUCAAAAUUCAGAUGGGAUGUGGGAUGGGUAAUAGGUGAGAGUAGAAACUCUUCCUUCCCUCCAGGAGGCCCCUGCUGCCUCCCACAGAAACCCACCUACCGUAAGAUGUCUCCAGGUGGCCUUGUCCAAGGAUGGGGGUCAGGCAUUUUAUAUCAAGGGUGCUCUGAACAUAUUUUAUUUUUUAAAAAAACUGUUUGUGAAUUUUGCGUAUACUGGCAAGCUUUUGAAAAUGUAUUUAAUUUUGUAUUGUUUACCAAUGAUUUAUUUACAAGAUAUUUACUCAAAUAAAUGGAGCUGCUUACAAGCCUGUUGACAUGUGUGGCUUGCACAACACGUUAA